GUUCCGUGCAACAAUUGUAAAUAAAGUGAAUUUUCUCGCAUAAUACGCUCGAAAUACGUGAAAAUGACCAGCAAAAAGUUAAAAGUAGAAGCCGACGAUGAGGAGGAACAUCGUAUGGAAGCGAAAAGCGACAGCGAUGACUCCAGUGACGAAGAAAACGAGGAAGCAUACGAGGGCGAUGAAGGCAUCACCGUAGACUUUGAAGGACGCAAUCCGAUCGAUCCGGAUCUGGACGGCAUCAAGCAACUUUUGGGCCAACUUUUCGUAAAAGCGCACAUCGAUCUUUCCGAGCUAGCCGGUGUUGUUGUGGCUCAAAACUAUGUCGGUAGUGUACUGAAACAAGCGUAUAACGAUGGCGACGACGAUGAAGAGGACGAGGACACCGACAUGGGUGAUCCGUGCCAGGUAGUAUUCGGCGUUACGACGGUAAUCAACCUAGCCAACAAGCAGGAGCUGGCCUGCGUUCGUCAACUGAAGAAAAUGAUCUUCGAAAAGGCAGAAAAGUAUGCGACAGAGCUAGUUAUACAGCAGUUCCGUGAAGCCCUAGAAAGUGGAUCCAAAACGACGGGACUGCUGCUAAACGAACGGUUCAUCAACAUUCCGGCCGCGGUUUGUGUGCCGAUGUGUGAAAAUCUUCUCUCAGAAAUGGAGCGCGCUCGUUCGAAAGGUAUGCCAUUCACGUUCGACUACUACCUGAUGAUCGUGAAGUACUACCAGCAGGCGGCCGACGGAGAUAAACCGGCCGAAAUACUGUACAGCAACGAUGAGGAAGAAUACUUUAUCAAAGAUUCGUGUGCCAGCUUCGAUUAUUCCGUGCAGAAGGAAACCACCACGGCGCUCGCUGGCCAAUGGCAGAAAAAGGACGCAGAGCUGCAACCAUUCCGUAAGGUGUUGCUGAUCGAAGCAACCAAAUUGCCAUCCAUCGUCUCGUCCAUCAAGAGUCUCGUAUCGUCGGUCACUAGCAAAUAAGUCGCUGGAUGUAUAUGAGUGAAAUAUUAUGCAUUUUCUUUUCCA